UACUCGGAGAUGACCGGGUUUAGAUAAGCAAGAUAAGGAAGUAACUUUAGGGUUUCACAACAACAGCUCGAAAUGCUGACUCGAGAGCCCAAGCUAUAAAACUACGCCUGUGAAGUAACUUUGAGCUCUUUUAUACCUUUCAGGUUAUUCAUUCAUUCAGGUUUUGACUUGUCAGACAUCAAGAUGUUGCGCUGGGGCAUGCUCGGAACGAGCUUCAUCUCCGACGUGGUCGCCCGCUCCAUCCUCGCCAGCAAAAACUCCACCAUCGCCGCAGUCUUUGGCCGCAACGAAACCCGCCUGACAGCAUUCGCCGACAAACAUGGCAUUGCAGAGCGAUAUACUUCUAUCGAUGAGCUGCUGGACACGGCUGAGAUAGACGUCGUGUACGUCGGUCUGCCGAACCAUAUGCACACCCCCGCAGUUCUUGCAGCUGCUAAGCGAGGCAAGGCGAUUUUGUCAGAGAAAUCAUUGGCGACUACGAUGGAGGAUGCCGAGGCGAUUAAGAAGGCUGUUAAGGAUGCGAAUGUGUUCUUUUUGGAAGGGCUUAUGUAUCUUACGCAUCCGUUGAUGAAGAAGACUCAGGAGCUGCUUCUUGAGGGCAAAAUUGGGACGGUGAGAGGCGUAUCGGGGUAUUACUCUGCCAAUAUCUGGAAGAAAGCGAAUCCUCUGAGCAUGGGGACUAUCUACAACCUGGGCUGCUAUCCAGUUUCAUUGCUGCACUUCGUCGUUGAGACAGCUUUCGGCAGCGAUGCGUUUGCAAAGCGUCAAUUGCACGGCUUCGGCAAUAUCUCGAGGGAAGGCAGUGUCCAUGUCCGCGACGCAUCACUGACAGUCCGUUUCGACAACGGCGUGCUGGCAAGUCUUCAAUCGACUGACAGCUACGGCAACGACUCUUCAUUUGCGAUUCUAGGAGAUAAAGGCAGGAUCAGGUUCGUCACGAACCCUUGGCUACCCAUCGCAGGCGACAACAUCAUCGAGGUCAAAACCUACACCGGUUCAACGGAACAAGUUGUUGUACCUGCAGACAUGGAUGCAUUUGGAUAUCAGGUGAAGAAGGUGGAAGAUUGUUUAUCCCGCGGUGUAAGGACGGCGGAACGGCCUUCGCCGAAUGUUGAUCAGAGCGUUGAGAUCAUGGGUCUGUUGACAGAGUGGGAGGCUCUGAUUCAGAGUCAGCACAAGUGAUAGUCUCUACCAAAACUUGAGCAAUGGGAUCCACUAUUCAAUGCUGCAUAAAAUCCCGAAUCAUGAAGAUACUUUUCGAUACGACAAUGACGUGUUGUGGACUUCUUCAUGUUUCUUCCGCUAGCGGGAUCGGGACAAGCAACGAGGAUUCAAGGUGGUGACGUCAGCGUUACGAGCUCUAUAGACGUCUCCGUAUUUAUUUACAACUUCCUGUUCCUUUUGGCUUUCGAUUUUCCGUUCAGCUUUGUAAACGACUUCUACGUCUUGCUUCAAUUGCUUGACUUUAAAUAAUUACAAAAAUGUCUGAAUCUCUUGCCGCUUUCCGAUCUGGGAGGAGUGAUGAGCUCCGGAAGCUUGCGGAAGAGCACUUCCAGCACGAGUACGUCAAAACGAAUUGAAGAAUAAAAAUACUAACUUGGUCAAGUUUGAACGAUAAUGACCGCGACA